CACUGAGCAGAUGAAAUUGUGCAUUCACUGUUCAGAAAGCGAAUCCGGAAGCUUCCCACCCAGUCUCACUGAGUACACUGCCGCCGGAAGGAGACGAACCCCAAAACCCUGACCUGACCCUCCCCGUCGACCUCAUCCGCCGCCGCCGCCGGGGGAGAUGGACUUCCAGGUCGUCGUCCUCGCCGGAGGCACCUCCGAGAAGCUCUCGCCCCUCGUCUCCAAGGACGUUCCCAAGGCCCUCCUCCCCGUCGCCAACCGCCCCGCGAUCUCCUACGUGCUCGAUCUCCUCGAGUCCAGCGACCUCAAGGACAUCAUCGUGGUGGUGGAGGGGCAAGAGGCGGCCCGCCUCGUCGGCGCGUGGAUCUCUAGUGCUUACCUGGACCGCCUCGUCGUGGAGGUAGUUGCAGUUACUGAGGACAUUGGAACUGCUGGUGCAUUACGUGCUAUUUCAAAGAGACUGGUCGCAAAUGAUGUUUUGGUGAUUAGCGGCGACCUAGUAACUGAUGUACUUCCUGGGGCUGUUGCUGCUACCCAUAGAAGAAAUGGUGCAGCUGUUACUGCUUUACUAUGUUCCGUUCCUGUUAGUGGUCCUUCAGAUGCUGCUUCUUCAGGAGGGAAAGAUAAGGCUAAAAAACCAUGUCGACUGAACAUAGUUGGGCUAGACAUAACAAGACAAUUCUUGUUGCAUGUUGUAUCAGGAACUGAUGUUGAAAAGGAUGUUCGAGUUUAUAAGAGAAAAAUUCGAGCUGUAGGUCAGAUGGAAAUUCGAAGUGACCUGAUGGAUGCUCAUCUUUAUGCCUUUAAUAGGACAACAUUGCAGGAUGUACUGGAACAGAAAGAAGCAUACCGUAGCAUCAGACUUGAAGUUCUCCCAUAUUUAGUGAAGAGCCAGUUGAGGUCAGCUCCAUCAGGCGGUGAAGGAACAAUAGUUGAUGAAACUGGGAAUGUUGUAGUUCCGCCCAGCAGUAAUUUACAGUGCUUGUCACAACAUCGCGCAAUUGCACCAUCUGCUUUCAAGCAAGAUUUAUUAGCAAGUUCAGGCGGUGGAACACAUAGGUGCUGUGUUUAUAUUGCUAGUAAAAACAAGUACUGUCACCGUUUGAACUCCAUUCAGGCGUACUGUGAUAUUAAUCGAGAUGUUAUAGGGGAAGCUAGUCACCUAUCUGGUUAUUCCUUCUCUUCACAUAAUAACAUCAUCCACCCAUCGUGUGUGCUUGGAUCGAAGUCUACAGUCGGGCCACAAUGCAUGCUUGCUGAGGGUUCACAGUUAGGUGACAAAUGUGGUGUCAAGCGAUCUGUGAUUGGCCGUCAUUGUCGUAUUGGUUCGAAUGUGAAGAUUGUCAAUUCUGUUGUCAUGAACCAUGUGGUUAUUGAAGAUGGCUGUCACAUCCAAGGUUCUGUUGUAUGUAAUAAUGUGCAACUUCAAGAGCGGGCCGUUCUGAAAGAUUGCCAGGUUGGAGCUGGUUAUACUGUGACUACUGGUAGUGAUCACAAAUCAGAAUCCCUGGCGAGAAAGUAGAGCACAUUUUGAUAGUUUUGCGGUGGACUUGAGCACAUCUAGUGAGAUGGUUUCAUGGCGUGGCUCCUGUUUAUCUUGAGAUGGAUUCAUGGCACGUCUUGAACCAAUGGCUUGCUUGGUUUAAUCAUUCUACCUGCUGUCAAAAAGUAAAGAAAAAGGGUAAUCAUGCUAUCUGUUUGGCCCACAUGUGGUUGCUGCCUCGAGCUGGUUUGCGAGUAAUGCGUCCCGCGCUAAACGUUUGUUUAACGAACGGCCAAAACCGUGUUAAAUGAAACUACUCCCAAAGUAUAAGGAGUAUUAAUGUGUACUUUUGGACAGGGAUGAAAUGGCACCAAUUAUAUGUCCCGUA